AUGGCGGCCAAACAGCAAAACAUCCCCACCAUUAGGGAUGAGAGCUACUACAAGGCCACGUGGGCCCACCGGGCCUGGUUCGUCGCCGGCUGCGUCUCAGUCCUCACGUGCCUCGCCAAGUCCAUUCUCAUCAUGGUCACCGAAAGUACCAAAACGCCCUUCGCCCUUUUCGCCUGGCUUCUGGCCGCUACCGGCGGCUACGCCAUGGCGGACCUCGUCUCCGGCGUCUACCACUGGGCCGUGGACAACUACGGCAGCGCCCACACACCCGUCUUCGGGACGCAGAUGGAUGAUGAUCAAAAUGAAACCUGA